AGGGAUAUCACAGCAGUCUAUCGUCGUUCUUUGCCAUCGAAACACACAACUCACAAUAGUAUCAGUGCUGAUCAGUAUCUCUCUGGGUAUACCUGUUCUAUCAUCAUAAUCAUCAUCAUCAUCAUCAUCGUGAUUAUAAUAAUAAAACGAAAAAAAAAACACCUUUGAUUGGGAUAAAUUCGAAAAAAUUUAAUUAAAAAAAUUGUGGCUGUUAAAAUUUCUUCAAGUGGUUUUUUAUGAAUGUGGUUUUUUAAUAUUUUUUUUUAUUUCACCACUGUGAUAUUAAAUAAACAAAAUUAUUUAUAAAAAUUAUGAAAAGUUUAUUUUUUAUUGUGUGUUAAUAUAAAAUUAAAAUAAAAAAAACAUGAGAAUGGUUUUAACUUUGUGGUGAUAUUUUGAGUUAAUAAUAAUUUAUUAAUAUAUUAUUAUUAUAAUAAAAAAACAUUGGAAACAUUUUAGUCAAUGUUGAUGAGUCAAAGAGAAUAUAAUUAUCAUAAUAUUUGUGGGUGUGAAUUGAGAAAAUCGGAUAACCAGCUCAUAUGGAAUGGCAUCAAAAUCAGAAUUAUUAAUAAUAAAUUUAAUGAUAAUAAUAAUAACAUUGUCAAAUAGUACAAUAGCAAAUGAUCUUUGUCCGGGAAAUUGUAAUUGUGAAAAUGAAUAUUUACGUGCAUCAUGUGCAAAUGCUGAUCUUGAUAUUGUACCAAUACAAUUAAAUCCCGAAAUACGACACAUUGAUUUAUCAUAUAAUCGUAUAACAACAUUACACUUGGCAUUUGUUUUUUAUGAUAGUCUUGAAAGUCUUGAUUUAUCAUAUAAUAUUAUUCAUACAAUUGGUGUUGAUAAUUUUUCAUCACAACAACGUUUAAUAACAUUAAAUUUGAGCAAUAAUUUAAUUCGUAAUAUAACAAAAAAUGCAUUAAAAGGAUUAAAUAAUAUAAUAAAUAUAAAUUUAAGUAAUAAUAAUAUUAGUGAAUUAAAUGAUCAAUCAUUACGUCAUUGUAAUGAAUUAAAAAUUUUUAAUAUUAGUGGUAAUACAUUGACAAAUUUACCAAUUGGUUUAUUUAAUAAUAAUAAUAAAAUAAUAAAUUUAGAUUUAUCACGUAAUUCAUUGCUUGAUAUGCCAACAAAUAAUUUAAAAUUAUUAAAAAAUAUAAAAUAUUUAAAUUUAUCUGAUAAUUUAAUACAAUCAAUAACAAGAAAUUCAAUACCAAUAUUAUCAUCAUUAAUAACAUUAAAUUUAUCAAAUAAUGUGAUACGUUUUAUUGAUGAUAAUUCAUUUGAUUAUUUAAUAUCAUUAAAAAAUUUAAAUUUAGAUGGUAAUAAUAUAACAAAUUUACCAACAAUAGCAUUAUCAAAAUUAAAUGUAUUAUCAAAAUUAAUAUUAUCAAAAAAUCCAUUAUCAAAACUUGAUAAAUUAUCAUUUCGUAAUUUAUUUGAGCUAAAAUAUCUUGAUUUACGUGAUUGUAAUAUAAGAUGGAUUGAUAAUCAAGCAUUUUCAGAUAAUGUUAAUUUAAUUGAAAUUAAACUUGAUGGUAAUCAUGAAUUAAAUAUAUUACCACCACGUAUGUUAUUUAAUUUACAUAAUUUAAAAAUUGUAACAUUACGUAAUUGUAAUUUAGCAACAAUUGAACCAACAAAUUUACCAGUUGAUAAUUUAAAUCAAUUAAAAAUUGGUGGUAAUCCAAUUGUAUGUAAUUGUUCAGUACACUGGUUAUGGAAUGUUAUAAAUACAUAUGAAAAACGUAACAAUACAACAAUAACAAAUACAAAUAAUAAUAAUUUAAUUAUUGAUAGUAAUGAUAUUAUUUGUUAUGAUAAUGAAUUUAUGGGUAAAAAAUUAUCAACAUUAAGUGAUAAUUCAUUAAAAUGUCGUAUGAGUACAUUUUGGAUGUUAAUAACAGCAAUAUGUUGUUUUAUUGCAAUAAUAUUAAUAUUAAUAUUAAUAAUAUAUAUAACACGUAAUAAAAGACAAAAAAGACCAUCAUAUACACCACCAAUAAAUAGACCAGAAUUACUUGUUUAUGUUGGUACAAAUAAUCAUAAUGUUAAUGCUAAAAAAACAUCAAGAUUAAUUGAAAAAACAAAUGAUGAUCUUUAUGAUUUACCAAGUGUUAAAAAUGAAACAUAUUAUGAAUCACCAUAUUGUCAACGUAAUGGUAAUGUUGUUGGUAAUAUUGGUGGUGUUGGUGGUGGUGGUUUUAAUAAUGGACCAAGUAUGAGUCUUUAUGAUAAUCGUCAAAGUAGUAUUGAAGGUGUUUAUGCUGUUGCUGAUGUAACUGAUAUUAGAGAAACACCACAGGAAGUAUUAUCACUUUAUCGUAUGCAUAGUCCAAAAUCAUCAAGAACAAGAAGAUUACCAACAAAUAGUGAUUUUAAUUAUGAUUAUGAUUAUCGACCGUCAUUACCUGAUAAGCCACAUGUUGUUUUUGUGUGAAUAAACUAUAUAGCUUAUUUAUCUAGCUUGCUUAUUUUUUAUUUAUCUUAUUGAUGAUUAAAAAUUUUAAGUUUAUACUUUUUUAAAAAAAAGAACAAAAUGAUGAAACACACAUGUUCUUGUGGAUAUUGGAAUUAUUAUAUUUUUUUUUCUGUGUGUCAUCCAAGUUUUAUAAACUCCGUGAUGUGCUCGGUGCCUUAAUCCCUUCGCCGACCGCCAUUUAUUAUAACGUAAAUGUCGGACGAGCCAUUUUGGAUAAUAUGACAACAACUCAAAACCCGACUCAACAUAUUUGUUUUAUUAUAUUAUAUUUAAAAUGUAUAUAUAUUUUUUUUUUUUGUUUGUUAAAUACUGUGUAGUUUGAUGAUGGGGAACAAAAAAAAAAAAAAAAAAAAAGUGUUAAAUUUUUUAUGUGUAAUGAUUUUUUUCAAAGACAAAAUUUUUGUUUAAAUUUAGGUUUAAUUUAAUAUUUAAUUCAAGGUUGUAUAGAUUAUUCAAGCAAUAUAACACACGUCCACGGUUAUUAUCGAUGUCCUGGUUCUUCCUUGAUAAUUCCACGUGCCAAUUAAUAUAAAUUUUUUAACAAGUUAUCACAAACGAAUUUAACUAUUUAAAUGCGGGUAUAAGAAUAGAUAAAAGAAAUGGAAUAAAAAACGUCUUUGGAGUUUUAAAUAAAAAAAAAUAAUUAAAAAAUAAAAACUACAUAUAAUAUUUUAUGUAUUCAAUUGGUAGUUUAGCUUAUGAGAUAAUGAGAUAUACCGAGUGAAACAUAUACGUCUUCCGCAUGUGACCACGAUUUUUUUUUUUUAAAUUGCUUUUUUUUUUUUCGAAAAAAUAAAUUACUUUGAUCUCUUUUGAAAUAUAAAAAUUUUCAUUCAAAAAUAUAUAUGCGGGUGUAUAUCGUUUAAUCGCUGCAGCCAAAGCGACAAAUCAAAUUUAAAAAAAAAAUAUAUAUAAAAUAAAAAUUUUUUUAUAAUAAUUAAUAAUAAUAAAAUAAAAAAUAAUAAUUGCCAAGAUACCUGAAAAAAUAUAAAUACUUUGAACUUUUGGUAAAGUUCAAUGAUAUUUUUUUGCUUUUUCGUGAAAAACUUUUAGCAAAAAAAAAUUUAAUUAAUAAACUUAAAAGGAUAUAUAAUGAGAUAAAUUGUGAAUUUUUAAAUUUCAAAAUAAAAAUAAAAAAAUAUAGCAACAAUAAUAAAUAAAUGACCGGUGAUGUGAAUUUGACAGAAACGAGUUAAAUUUAUUUCUGUAUAGAAAAAAUGGCAAGUCACGUAGAAAGAAAAAUGAAUAGAAACAAAAAUUAAAAAAAUAAAAAAAUUGUAAAGAACGCGUGAAAAUCCGUUGGUUUGAGAAUGGGGGAUGGAUAGGUAAAUGGGGUGGGUUGAGUAAGGGUGCAAGACCAGGAGAAUAAACGACCUGGAACAUUCCCGAUUCCCGGAUGUAAAGAAGAAAGAAUAAAAGAUAACAAAAAUAUAAAAAAAAAACAAAAAAUAAUACCCACGGGAUACGAAACAGAGCGAUGCAAAACUCUUUUUUUUUUUUUAUCCGUGUUCAUUCUGACAAAUUGAUGCGCACCUUAAUGAGUAAAGAAGCAUAAAUUAAACAAUUGUUUAUUUACUUAUUUUUCUUACUUAAUUUCAUGUUUUUUUUUUUGUAAUUAAAUUAAUUAAAUUAAUUAAAAAAUUAAAUAAUUAAAGAAGCAAUAAUAAAUAAAGAUUUUCAUGCGUUUUUAGCUGUAAAUUUGCAAAAAAAAAUUAUAAAUAUAUAUAUAUAAAUAAUUAGUGUUAAGAAAAUUAAAAAAAUUCAAAAUAAUAAUAUAAUUAAGAUCCAAUUAAUAUUUAAAAUUAUAUUAUGUAAUUUAAUUAAUGUAAGAUAUAUAUUUAUUUAUUAAUUUAUGAUGUUACGUUUGGAAUAAUGUUACGUUUUGAUGAAUUAUUAAAGAAAAAAAAAAAAUAAAUAAAUUUUGAGAAUUAAUUAAAAGGUUCAAUAUAUAAUUGCGAGGACAAGUGUGUUAUUAAAAAAAUGAUAUUAACAAUAAUUAAAAAUACAAAAAUCAUUAAAUCGAUUCGAGUAUAUUUCGAGUGCGUUUGUGAGAAUAUUUUGAUGCCCAUAUCAAAAUGUUUUGAAUAUAAAAAUGGAUUUUUUUUUCUUUUCAAGUGAGAAGGGUGAGAAAAUGGUUUUUUUUUUUUUCAUUCUCUUUGUAGAUGUAUUUUGCAUGGCACACUGCGAAUAAAAUAAAACAUCGUUUCAAUAUUGCCGGGUAUAUUCUCAGGCACAUUCGACUCGGUCGACGGGGUUGUAUGAAUAAAAUAUUGACGGUGAUAGGGUGCGUAAUAAUAGAAUGCACGAUUGACAAAAUCUGGGCCGUGUUAUAUCCCACAUACACAGCUUUGUCCAUAAUUUUUUUCAUAUAAUAAAAUAUAAAUUUCAAUGUUUAUUUAUCAUUUUUUGAAUAAAAAAAAAUUUCGGAAAUUGGAUAAAUUAAAUAAAGUAUAUUUAAAUAAUGAAAAAAAAAAAACGUAUAUAUAUAACUUGACAAACUAAAAUUCAUUUCAUUCAUUAUAUAUAAUGCUAAAAGUAAAUUUUGUAAAAUUUAAAAAAAAAAAAAAAUUAGAGUAUAAAGUUUAAAUAAAAUUUUACAUAAAUAAAGUUUAUUUAAGACUGUAGUUUUAAAGUUUAAAAUUAAUAUUUACAUUGAAAUAUUAAUAAAUUAAAAUAAUUUACAAUUUAAUUGAUUUUUAUAUAUAUGAAAUGAAUUUAAAAAAAAAAUAAAUGUGUUUCUUUUUUUAAAAACUUUAAAAUAGAAGAUAUACAAAAUGAGAGAAUAUAGAAAUCACAGAGAGACAAAAGUCAUUAAGUCAAGUCAGUCUUGCAUUCUAAUAUGUACAUUUCAUUUCCGCCGUCGGUUAUUUUAAAACAUAUUAUAUUUAAAUGACACACAACGACCACGAAUCACAUCAUUUUUUUAUUUCCCAUUUUUCUCUUUUUUUCUAACCAUCCCCCAUCAAACGCCCACACGUGUUCUCACGCAUAAAAAAAAAAAAAGAACUUUAAAUGAAAAUAAUAUAAAAAAAAAAAUUAAAAUAAAUAUUAUAUAUCCCAGCUCGAUACGUGUGUAUUCGUGUCUAUCUGUCUGUCCAACUGUCUAGUUUCUGAUACACCCUCUUUCCUCCUCCCCUAUAUACACCACUCUCUCUGUGUCAUUCACCUUUUUUUUACCUACUUGUUUCUCGUAUUUUUUUUUUUUUUCCUCGGCAAUUUCAUAUUCAAACAUAUUUUCCACUUUUCUAUGAACUACCCUCUAUCUAGAGUUCAACCUGUUAUCGAACAGUUUGUUGGCAAUAUUCGUGGCUCUCCCUCUCUCACUCAGCAACCAAUCAAUCUCCCUCAAACUAUUUUCUUUAUUAUAUUUCACAGCCACAAUUUGUGAUUGGGACCAACCACAACCAAUUUAAUUUUUGUAUAAAUUAAAAACUAUUUUGUUAUUCUUUUUUUUUUUUUUUUAAAUAAUUAAAAACAAAUUGAAUUAUUUAUUAAUUCAUUUAGUUUUAUUAUUUAAAUGAAUCACCUUUUUUUUUUUCAAUUAAAAGUAAAAAAUUUUUUCACUAUUUUUAGCCUUUUAUUUUUUUCUCUCGGGGGAUUUUUAUUUUUAGUAUUUUAUUUUUUUUUUUUUCGAUCGAUGAGACACGUUAAUUAAUCCUGUAACAGUGGGGUUAACUUGGUGGGUUGUGAUUGAAUAAUCGUUGUUAAUUACGUUUAGUACUUUUCAAUCUUGCUAUCAAGUUUAUUAGCCCUCAGCACCUUUUGAAACUUUUAUUAACCCUAG